ACUCAUUUUUUGCAGCUUGCUAUUCAUUCAUCUGAGAAGGUAAGGAAGGCGGUGGUUAGUGGUGUAAAAGGGCUUUUGUCUAGUUGCAGUUCUACAUUAAAAAGAACCAAGAUGCUACUUUUGGAAUGUUUAUGUGUUCUGGCAUGUGAUGAUGCUGCAGCUGUGUCUGAGGCUGCACAAGAUGCUCUUGAUCAUCUUUUCAACCAAGGCCACAAUCUCGUAACAGAAAAUGAGAUUUCUGAUACCUUUACUAGGCUGGUUGAAAGGCUACCACAAGUGGUACUUGGAAGCGAGGAGACAACCGCACUUUCACAUGCUAGGAUGUUGUUGGCUCUGACCUUUUAUGCUGGUACCCAGUUUCUGAUAAAUCAUCUUCACCGUUCUCCUGUCAUUGCUGCUCGUUUCUUUGAUUGUUUGGGUUUAUGCAUAGGUCAUAGCUCACAGUUUUCUGGUUCCAUGGACAAGCUAAUUGUAUCAAAGCCACUAUCUAUUGGGUAUCUUUAUUCAGUUGCUGAGUUGAAGAGUGGCGCCUAUUCUAAAGAUACAACUAACAUAUCUCUGCAUGCCACGUCAACAUCUGCAGCCUCCAAAAUAUCUGUUAUCCAUGAUAAUGCUUUGCCAAAUGCAUUACUUAGUACAAUUGAAUAUGAGUUGCCCCAUGUGCCUCCAUGGUUUUUUCAUGCUGGUAGCCAGAAGUUUUAUGGGGUUCUUGCUAGAAUAAUUAGACUUGUUGGCCUAUCAACAAUGUCAGGUACCUUGUGAAUUAUUUUGCUUGUCAAAUCUACGAUUCAUGGACUGUUCUAUUUUUUCAUGCUGAGUCAGUACUAAAC